AUGCGAGGGACCUGCUCCUCCCUGCUGCUCUCCAGCAUCCUCCUUCCCCUCGCCGUCUCUUCGCUCCCCACCCACUCUUUUGGGCCCCGCGCCAACGCCGACCUGCCCGGCACUUUCGUCGAGUUUGAAGAGCUUGCCCAGUGCCCUGUGCUGUCCAAGAGAGACACCCCUACCUCUGCCAAGGAUGUCCGCCCGGAUGAUAUCAGAGUCGUCAUGGCCCUUGGCGACAGUAUUACUGCUGGUCUUCUCGCCCGUCCGGCCUCGUCCCUACUGUUCCCCACAAACACCACCUUCUUCCAGACCGUCGAUGUCGAAGAGUAUAGAGGGAUAUCGUACCCAAUGGGCACCGACGAGGGGGCCAUCACUAUCCCCAAUAUCCUUUCUCACUUUGUCACUGAUAAUGCUACCGUUCAGGGCGGUGCGAAAGGCCACCACGCUCCUGCUGCCUCCGCGCUCAUCGCCCAAGACGGUCUGAACGCUGCCGUGUCUGGGGCUACCUCUUCCUUGCUCACAUCCCAGGUGACCACCUACAUCGUGCCGAAGCUCGCUGCCCUCGGCCUCCCGGGCGAUGACGAUUGGGUGUACGCCAAUGUAGCUAUCGGCGCCAACGACAUUUGCGAUUUCUGUGUUGCUCCCAAUGUCGGCAUCGCGGGCGUCGGCACUCUUGGUUCCCCUACAGCCUUCGCAAACGACAUCCGUACUGCCGUCAACCUUUUGCGAAAACACACCCCAAAACUCAUCGUCAACAUCAUCGGUAUCCUCCCCGUCUCUGCCAUCUACAACCUGACCCUCACCAAUCCUUACUGCCAACCUGCCAUUUUGAGCGAUGUGCCUCACCUACCUCUUGAGUGUGCGUGCGCAUUGACACCAGGACCAAUAGGAGAUGUGACUAGGCAGAGGAUGGACUCGACAGGGGAGGCGUAUGACAAUGCCGUUCUGGAGAUUGUCAAAGAAUGGGAAGCCGAAGAAGGCGAUGGCUUUGGUGUCAUGUGGCAACCCGGGUCGCUCAUCGAUCUUGAAAACUAUCCUAUCGAAGCACUCUCUCCGGUCGACUGCUUCCAUCCAUCCGAGGCGAUGCACCGCCGAGUAGCAGCUGGAGUUUGGAACAGGUUGACCUUGAGCCUCGAAGAGAAAUACACCAAGAUCCUCUGGGAUGACGGCCCCCAGGUGAGAUGCUUGGAAGGAGAUGACCGGUUCCAGGUCAAUUCGCUUUCUCAGAGCUCUUGA